AUGAAGUUAAUUUUAACUUUUUUAUUUAUUUCACUACUAUCAUUAAAUGGAUUGGUUAUAUCAGAAUCAUCAAUUUUAAAAGAUUAUGUUUAUGCAGAAGAUCCACAUUACAAUUGGACAUAUAAAACAAGUUAUGAUAUUGGUUCUUCAAAUGUUCAUGUUUUAGAAUUGGUAUCACAACAAUGGAUGGAAAAUUUUACAGAUUCAUCAAUUUGGAAACAUUGGUUAACUAUUUGUGUACCAAAAACAGUUGAACAACAAAAAACAGGUCUUUUAUAUAUAAGUGGUGGAGCAUAUAAUAAUGCAGAUUGGAGUGUUCCAAGUUCAGAAUUUGUAGCAGGUGAUUAUGGUCAACAAGUUUGUCAAGAAGCCAAUGCAAUUACUGCUACAAUUAAUCAAAUUCCAAACCAGUAUAUUACUUUUGAUGAUGGUGUUGCAAGACGUGAAGAUGACAUCGUAGCUUAUUCAUGGCGUAAAUAUAUUGAUACUCAAGAUUCAAAUUGGUCUGUUAUUAAAGCAAUGGAUGCAAUUCAAGAAUUUGGUAAACAAAAUGACGUUAAUAUUGAAAAGUUUAUUCCAUUUGGUGCAAGUAAAAGAGGAUGGACUACAUAUGGUGUUGGCAUGGUUGGUGAUCCACGUAUUGCCGCCAUUAUUCCAAUGGUUAUCGGUGUACCAAAUUUAGUCGAAGAAAUUAAAGUUCAAGUUCAAUGUUAUAACAACUGGUCAUUCGCUCUCGAACCAUAUGUUAACCAAAGUAUACCUUCUUUCCUCGAUACUAAGUACUUUGAUGUUGUAACCGAUAUUGUAGACCCAAUUAACUAUUUAGAUACAUUAGAAAUUCUUUCAAUUGAAGAUGAAUUCUUUUUACCAGAUUCAACCAAAUACUACUAUAGUGAAAUAAAGGGUGAAAAAAGAUUAGGUUUAUUCCAAACUGAUCAUGCUAUUGUAGGUUUCCCAGGAUUAUCGACUGAAAUUUCAAGAUACUUUAAUUUAAUUGUAACUAAUGCUGAACGUCCAGAGCUUACAUGGGACAUCACAUAUUCUAGUGAUAACAACGCUGGUACAAUCAAAAUGAAUAUUGCUAAAGGUACCCCAACAAAGAUCGUUGUUUAUUCAGUAACCACCGUUUCAAAAACCUCUAGAGAUUUCAGAAAGUACACAUGUGCCGCUGGAUGCCCUCAAGCAUUUGAAUAUAUCUCACAAGAUAUUCCAUUAGCCUCAAACAACAGCUAUUCAAUCACCAUUAAUAAACAAACUGAUGGCGGUUGGACAGCUUUUUAUUUUGAAGUUGAGUUUGAUACCAUUGCAACUGUUAAUACCGAAUUAGCUGUAGUACCAAAUGUUUACCCAUACCCAGAAUGCCCAGCCGAAGAAUGCGCAUCAGGUGUUCCAGAAUGGGUCGUAAACUCUGCUAAUAACAUCAAAACCACCAAAAACUGGUUAGCUUUAUCAGUUUAUUCAAUCUUUUUAAUUUUAUUAUUUUUAUUUUAA